CAUGUUUAACAGCCAAUUUUUAAACCAUGAUAAAAACAAGGAAUAAUAUGAACUUUGAAAACCUAGGGGUGGCAAAAGUACAAUACUAUGUUCAUUUUUUAAUUGAGAAAGUCUGCCUGUGAAAUAACAAGGUAUAUCUUCAUUGGGAAUAUAAACAUCUUUUAUUCCAAUUCAUCCAAUAAAUUAACCAGUCUGCUUAUUUAUUUAUUCCCAUCUGAGCAGGUGUAAAAAUAAAAUACAAUACAAACAUAUUUUCUUUCAGUAAGACACUAGAUAUUUAUAAACGUCGAGAAACCGGGGGUAGGAGGAUGUGAAAAAAAAAAAAUCGUUCUAUUAGCGGGAUGCAGGAUGACUCAGAAAAUCGUGGCAGGUGCAAUGGGCUAGCUCUCAAAUCAGCUGCCUUUCAGCGUACGACUCCUCCCUGGCCCUUACCCCGUUGUUUUGCACCUGUGUCAGCUUGUAGUUGUAACUGUAUGAUUGGCAUUACACCUGUCUCGCACUGCGUUGUGAAGGGAGAUAGAAAAAGAUGUGCGUGCUUUGUUAUUGUUUGUUUGCAUUGUUUCUUAUGUUUUGAAGAUCGCAGGUAUGAUAGGGUAGAUAGAUCAACUUUAUUAUGCGGGGCUUAAGUAUUGUUUUCGAAUUCAUGUGACGUCAUCCGACGUGGCAAGAAUGCCGGAGUCACCCAGUGCUGUGAAGCAACACCUGGCAGCUCCAUCUAGCGGGCGAAGUUCAGCGCCAGUUUCAUCUCAUAAAGUCAGUUCAGGUAUGAAUGGCUCGCAUUCGCCUCAUUCAAGUACUCCUGCAGGACGAACACCAUCCCCACCAAGCUCAGCCUCAUCCGUCAAUUUACCCCCAACGGCAACAACUGUCAAUGGUCCACCACCCGAACUUGGCAUUGGUAUUAAUGUCAGACCGCUCAAUAAAUUGAAAAGGUUUCUCACUACUCUUCAACAAUUUGGAGCAGAUAUAUCCUCUGAUACAGGAGAUAGAAUGCACACUCUGAUAUUGGGACUUGUGAGUUCAACAUUUUCAAUUGAAGAGUUUCAUCAAAAAGUUCAAGAUCUAACAAACUAUCCAUUAAGGCCAUUUGUCGUUCCAUUUUUGAAGGCUAACCUUCCACUGCUGCACGCAGAGUUGCUUCAUUUUUCUCGCAUCGCCAAACAAACACCUCAACAGUACAUCAGACAACACGAACAACUGAUCAUUGAUACAGGAUCACAUACAAGCGGGGAACCAUUUGAAAUUUUCCAAACAGACGCCAAAGAAUCUCUAAAACGAAGAACACCACCUGAAACACGAUCAAGGGAAAAUGGUUACUCAGAUAACAGUUCUGACGGGCCACCUCCCGCAAAACGCCAACAAACACUGCCCAGUCCUACUUUAGGAGCUCGAAUGAGUCCAGCAGGGGCUCCUAAUCAUUUACCGCCUAGUCUUAACUUCAGGUUCGAAGAAGGCCUCUAUAGAGACCGAGAAAGAGAUAGGUAUGAGAGGUACGAUCGCUAUGACAGAGAGUUGUGCAGACCUUACUACGGCUCAGUGCAUCGCGAAUUUCCUGAUGAUAGGGAUAUGGAAGAUGAAUGGAAAAACAUACAUACGAUGCUAAACUGUAUACUGGGGAUGGUUGAAAAAACAAAACGGGCGCUUGCAAUAUUACAACACCGAAGUUACUCUGAGAGGCAGGAUGUGUCCCUAUGGAGGAGCAGGCAUAUUGACGGAACUGAAUUUGAUAUCAAAAAGAGAGCGGCGGACAUAUUGCCACACUACAAAUCAAAUGAAGAUGUCAGGAGAAGGCCUGCUGAAGGAAUUGUAGGCCAGCGAACGUCCUCUUUAUUGCCCUUACCAGAAGAUGCUGUGCACGAGGUGAAACGUCAAGCGGUUGCUGAACUUCAAAAAGCAGUGAGCGCAGCAGAGAGUAAAGCAACUGAACUGCUGGCUGCUGAGAGAGCGAAGAUUGAACGUAUGCUUUCGGAAGCACGACGACAAGCGGCGGAGGAAACCAUGGCAGCUAUCAAUCAUCAAGAUGAAUCAACGGAGAGUUGCUGGAAUUGUGGAAGGAAAGCAAAUGAAACUUGUUCUGGUUGCAAUAUAGCACGGUAUUGUGGCGCAUUUUGCCAACACAAAGACUGGGAAAAUCACCACAGAGCAUGUGGCACAUCUUCAUCUAGUAACCAUGCGUCUCCGUCGUCAACGCCACCUGUCGGUAAACAAAGCCCACCUGCAAGGACAGUCGACGGGCCGAAAACAGAAGCUAAAAAUUGACACUCGAUUUCCAAAUUUGGGCAUUACAGCUCCCACUAAAGAAAAUUUAAACGAUUCGAGCAAUUGAAAAUUUGAGAAUACUCUUGAAGUUGUAGCGCAAAGGAAAGAGAGCUAUAAUUUUGAAAUAACUAAUCAUAUUUUUGCUGUACAAAAGCCUUAAUCAUCAUAAAAUGAUUUUAGCCGAAAACGGAAUAAUAAGCAACAUUUAUUUUAGGUAAAUAAUAAAUUGAUUUUUGAAUUUAUUUGACUAGUGAUUCUGAUUUGAAAUUAAAUACCACAGCACAGCCAAAAUAAGAUCAAACAGGCUGGAUGUUUUACUCCUAUUUUUUAUUUGGAAAAAAAAAGGAAAAAAAAAAUUGUAGAAAACGUUUUAUAUCCAAAAGUGAUAAUAAUCAGGCAUCGUUCUUAGUUAUUUUCAAAAUUGCAGCUCACAACGUUGAGAAUAUAAACCAACUUCAUGCUCAAAGAAAACAUAUUGAUCGUAAUAAAAGAUAUAGAGGAGUCAUAUUUCAGAUCUUCAAAGGAAUAUAGACCUGAAGCUCAAACAUUGUAGCAAACUUGUUUAAAAAACGAGUCAAUCAUAAUGUUGAUGAUUAAAGCGUGAUAUAUAAAUCCAAACUGAUUUGCUACAAAUUGUGUUGGAUUGAUGGACUACAUAAAUAACUGCGACUACUUUAUAAAAGACUUUAUUGUUAAAUUCAAUUACCGAUUGUUGAUUGUGUGUUGUGCUCUAUUAUGCUGCUAGUCAAGAUAUCAAUUAUUAUGUGUAAUUUUAAAGACCUUGAUGUUUUAUAAAAAUUAACAAAAAAGCUAUGUUAGUUGUGAUGAAAAUGUUACGUAUUGUUUUGAGAGUGUUUUGUAAUGAGUUGCUUGUAGGGAAACUUAAAUUUUAAGGGUUUAAAAUCAGAAGCAUUUUAAAAUUAAGUACAAGCAAAUUUCAUCAGUGAAACGUACAUUGCUAUUGUUACUGUUAAAUUUUGUACUGUUUAUGAACUCUUAUCUUUUAGUUUUUUUUCCGUCAUAUUUUUUUGAAGAUUACAUGCUGAGGUGCCAACUAUUACCGUUUAUUUGUAAUUAUUACUAUUAAAUAGUUACGUUUGAGUGAUCGAAAUUUCGGUUUUUGAGAAUUUCUGUAAUCUGCUUAAAAUAUAGCUGCCAAGAAUAAUUAAAUUUUUCAAACUUGUAACUAAACUACGAUAAUUUUUCUUUCUAAUCCGCAAUUUAUUUUGAAAACAAUACAUGAAAAACUAAAGGAUUUGAUAGAAACAAAUAAUUUCCCCAUCAAACAAACUAUUCUCAAGCUUAACUCGAACCUAAAAUGCUGCGAACAAAAUUAUUUAUAGGUUGAAAUGCAGGAUGAUCAAGCAAUAAGUGAUAAUUCUAAUUUAAAUAAAAACUUGAGCAAUGAUUCUCAGUAAUUAAUUUAAUGUUAUCAUUUUAUAAUGAUGAGGGAAAUUUCUAUGUUGUAUAAUUUCUAAUUUAAUUUUAAUAGUUAAUUAAAUUAAACAAUUAAUUUAAUAAUUAAUUAAAUUUCAAUAAUAAUUAAUUUUUUUCUAAGUGUUACUUUUUUUUAUUUAAUACUCGCAUAAUAUUGCUAAAACUACAUCCCUAUAUAGAAUUAAGUAUAUACACUUUAAAAUUAUGCUAAUUUAAAUUUUGUGAAUGUUAAUUGUACAUAUUUCUGUGAUUGUACUUCUGAUUGCUGGUAACUAGUUUGGAAAGUUGGUACCACGGUACUUAUUUCAAAAUAAAAUUCGUACAUUACAUGAACUCUGAUUUAAUUUUAGUUUAAAUUCAAAGCUCUCAGAAAACUUAUGAGAGGUUAACUUGUAAAAUAAAAGGAAAAUUAUAUGAGUUUUUGAAAAGUGGAUGAUUACAUUUUAAAAAUUUAAAAGAAAA